AUGGACGCCCAUCUCAACCCUCGUCAGCACCCUUUCCUAUUCGCAUUCAUAUCUAUCCUCGUCCUUCUCACGGCGAUGCUACUGAAUUCGACCUCACUGUCUCCCUUUGUUUUGACUUUAUUGAACUAUUCAACACCUUAUGUUCGGAAUGCGCGCACCGGGGUUUCCUAUCGUGGCACAUCUACAAACGGCGUCGAACAUUUCCAGAACAUUUUCUACGCCGAAGAUACAUCAGGCUCAAAUCGCUUUGCACCACCUGUUCCCUGCGCACCACCUCCCGGCACUAUCGUCGAUGCAACUGCCGCUGGUGCCUGGUGUCCUCAAGGACUCCGAGGACCUCCGCUACCAUUCACGAGUCCUAUCACCAACGUGAGCGAGAACUGUCUUAGCCUACGGAUCGCGCGACCGUCUAACAUUGAUUCAUCUGCGAAACUGCCGGUUCUGGUUUGGAUACAUGGCGGUGGCGAUGCGCUUGGAAGUGCGUCUGAUAUACUCUAUACACCGGAUGGCCUCGUAAGGCAGGCCGAAUCAAACGGCCAAUCCGUGAUCUAUGUCGGGAUCAAUUAUAGAUUGGGCAUGUUCGGUUACGCCACAAACAAAGCAUUGAGAGAUGCGAAGCAAACCAACGUUGGGCUGCGGGAUCAACGUGCUGCCUUCGAAUGGGUCCGUGACAAUAUUGAAUUCUUCGGCGGAGACCCAGGAAAUGUUGUCGCAGUGGGGCAAAGCGUGGGUGCAAUGGCUAUUGGCUUGCAUCUCGUCUCGUACUCAGGCACUCAAGGAGUACCCUUUCAGAAAGCAAUGAUGAUGUCCGGGGCAACGGGGACGAAUUUUAACAUCAUGAGCAGCCUCGUAGCAGACAAUACCGCAACUGUGGCCAAAUCUGUUGGUUGCACUCAGGACGAUCCAGACUCUCCAGCAACUGUGGAUUGUCUGCGAAAGAUUCCUCUCGAAAACUUAAUGGACACUUCCGUGAAACUUGCUCGACAAUUAAGACCACCUUUCGGAGAGCUAGCUUUCUAUCCCAGCUAUGACGGCGAUUAUAUUUCCGAUCGACCUUCUGUGCUGCUCCGUAAGGGAGCUUUUGUAAAAGGGAUACCGAUUAUAGGCUCCUGGGUUACCAACGACGGCGCCUGGUACGCUCAGCCAUCCAUCAGCGACGAUGCCUCUGUACUCGAAAGCUUUCAGACAUUCGUUCUCGGUCUCUCGCAGUCUUCACUACAACGUCUGCUAUCCCUCUACCCACUCUCCAAUUUUAUCCACCUCGUCAGCCCCGACGAGGAAGCGACAGCAGAUUAUUAUCGAGCAGCACAGAUAAACCGCGAUAUCUGGUUUACAUGCCCCGUCAUUGACUUUACCUGGCAGUACGCUCGAUUCGGCGGCGACUCGAAUAUCCGUCUGUACAAUAUGAAUCAGACAAAGUUCGGUCCGAUAUUGCAGUACAUGGGCGUUCCUCAGUGGCACGUCUGCCACCUCUCUGAUAUUCCGUAUCUCAUGAACGAAGACGUCGCCGCCGGCGGAGACAACAGCCCCGAUCAGCAGUCCCUUUCUGCUCUGUUGAGUGGAAGCGCCGCUGCCUUCGCUUACUCGGGAGACCCGACGAUUUCAAGAGGUCGAACUUUCAAAGAUUGGCCGAUCGCGUACUCGGACCAAAGUGAACAGGCUUUGAGCAAAGAGUAUCCGAAAGAUCUGAGCUUGUAUGUUGUAGGAGGACCGCAGGGCAGUGGUCCCGCAAGCAUGUCUUCUGGAACAGGUGGUGGAGCCAAAUCGGAGCGUGAGAAAGCAUUGGCGUGGGAGCAGGUGAUGGAGCGGUGUGCCUUCAUCAACUCGAUUCUGGACGAAAUCGGGGUUUGA